ACAGUCUGCGCUGCAAACGCUUCUUUGGCUUGUUGACAGGAAUCGUGCGUGAGAUGGCUCACAAGGUCGACAGCAAGCUGAAGUCCAUCUCCACCACGAGGCUCAGUCCCCAGCACCACCUCUGGCCUCUGGUGUGUGAAGACAUCCAGGAGGACGUGGAGGACGGGCAGCUGCAGUUUUUCUACAUUCUGGCUUUUGUGCUGCAAGACAACGUUUGGACGCCGCUGACGGUCCUGGCGACGCGGGAAACCCUGUACCUGCUCGGAGAGGAUCACCAGUGGACGAAGAGCUCCAGCGUCCCGACGGCAGAUGAAAGCACAGAACAACGCAGUGGCAGCGUAGCCGUGUUGGAAACGCUGCCAAUCAGCUGCGUGAGCUCGGUGCACAUGUGGCCUUCAGACCAACGCAGGAUGGAUCUGAAGCUUUACGACGAGACUGUGAAACAGGAGAAGACGUGGUGCGUGCGCUCCGAGAGCGUGGAGCUCCUGCACGGUCUGCUGGCCUGGGUCAGGGCUCAGUGGGAGGCCAUGUUCGGAGUCAAGCUGCACACGACUCUGCAGGAGGAAGGAAAGAACAAACCCUGAACUGAGUGUGUGUGUGUGUGUUCCCUCGUCGCUCUCAGGUGAAGAACUCGGAGCGCAGCGCUUCAUGUGGUGCUCAGGCCCGUAGAGCCUGCAGCUGCAUCAUCGCUCCUGCAGACACCUUUUCAUGGAGUGUGCCUUGAUUUGUAGUUUGUUGUGCAGCCGCCAUGUUCCUCGAUGAAAAGCACCUUCAUGCAUCACGCUCGGGCCUUUGUCGUUCAUCAGCCCCCCCCACACACACACACACACACACACAUUAAGCUGGAUAGACUCUUCCUCGGCGGGGGGGGGCAGUGAGUUGUUAAAUCAUGCGCUCAACUCGAGGCUGGAGGGGGGAGGGAGGUUUGCUUCUGAAAGGCCAAGGCUUAGGUCCAUCACGGCGGGGGUCACUUCACCCUCACCCACCUCCUCCCCCCCCCCUUAGAGUCUCAUGAUGUGUCUCUGCACAGGUCGUUGAGCUUGGUUCUGUUUUUAAAGCAACACGAAGAGACUCGUUACGAUCUCCUGUGAGGAACUGACGGAAAAUCACGUCUGUAGUGAGACACAGGAAACCUGAGGUGUCUGUGUUCCUCCAGCUUCACGUCCGUCACGUGUUAGAAACCUCAUCGUCCUCAUCUCCGAGGCUGCAGGUGAAACGUUUCAGGAUUUGUCUGGAGCAGCUGACCCAGAAUCAGCAGGUUGAAGAUCAGUUCAAAGUUUCUCUCUAACAUUCAGCAGGAAACUCAGUUUGUUGGUUUUGUUACAGCCGCAGGUCGUCCGGUUCAGGAAGCUGGAGGAUCAUGGGUAAUAUCCGCUCGGUGAAUCCGCAGCUGUGAUUUCAUUCGAUUCUUUCGUUCACUUAAAGUCAGAAAAGUGUCUUUUAUUUUUUUAUGAACGUGUGUAACUCAAUAUAAAAGUCAUGUGUUCAUUU